UAAUUACUUUCACCCGUUUGUAAGAUUAUAGAAAUGAGUGUUUCUGUUUCUUCCUCACAGGAUAUAUUCUCAAGUGUGACGGAGGUGGUGAUUAAAAACCUGAGUCAUAAAAAAGGUCUCAUCAGUAACGACAAUAUAGAAAACAAAUGGAAGAUUGGGACUCUGGUCAAGAUUAAAAAGAGGAGUUUCUGCAAAUACUUUAAGCAGAGACCUAAAUAUACAUGUCUCAAUGCAACACUGAGUAAGAUUGUUGAAGAAGAGAUCAACUUCGUAACUGAACAUAAGCCCCUGGUGGAAGAUUUUACAAACAGCUGCUCUAACAAAUUCAGCAUAGAAGCAGGAGGAGAUGCAGAGGGCAUAAUUCCUGGAGGAGCUGCAGUUAAAUGUAAAGGGGAAGCAUCCUCAGGGAAGUCGGUAUCUUCUGCCACCCUGUGGACUGAGAGCAUCAAAGAAGAGAACAUGUCAGAUAUCUCCAUUGGAGACGGCAUCAAAUUAAAGCCAAACGUUGAGGGGAAGUUUAAACUGGAGGAGGGAGACAAACUGGCUUUUGUGAAGAAGAGAGUUUACAACACCAAUAGUGUUGUAUUGAAGAGCAACAUUUCUGGAUGUGCGUCCCUUGGAGCAAAGUUGAACAAGUUCUUCAGCGACCUAUCAGGUUCAAAGAAUGAGGCGACAACCUUUACCGUGCCGAAAAAUACAGUCUUUGCCUUUGCUCUGCAAGAGAUAACCGUGGAGGAUGGUUACCUGAAGAUCAAUCCAGAGGAGGUAAUAUUGGCUUCCAUAGUGCCUAAGGAAGUCAUAACCGUAGAGUUUUGUUAUAACAAAGGAAAUCCCACUGAUGAUUUUGAAAGGGGUAUGGAGACCACAGGGAGUUCUCCUUCCCCUGAAAUAGGUGCUGAAGUUCCCUUUUUUGAUGUAUUUCGAAACAAUGAAGAGACCCUGAUGCCUCUUGCUGAUGUCCAUGAGUCGAAUCGCAGGGGCCUGAUGAAAACACUCACUGAGAUUCUGGAGGACAGAGAAGCUCUGGCUCUGCUGGAGGACACACUGGAUCAGAGUGGUGAUGAUGAAUAUCAGCCUAGCCAGUCUAAAGCCGUUGCCUUGUUUAUGGAUCUACUUGAUGUUUCCAAAAUGGGCAUAGAUCUGAAAGAAGCCAUUCACCUGCUGGUCUAUGCUUUAAACGCCUUGCCAGGCAAUCUGGCCGCUCUACUGGCUAAAAGUGGUCCUGAAACACUAAACUGCAUUAUGAGCAUGAUGGACAGUCUGGUGGAUGGUGAGAGCGAACUUCCAGAGUCUCCACCGCUCCCACUCCAGGAGGAAGGGGAGCUCCACGCUAUAGCUGAGCUCAUCCUGUCAGCCAAUGAUCUGGAUACUCUCAAUAGAAAAUGGGAUAAUCCACUCAUCACUCCGGAGGGUUUGCUUGAACUUCUCUAUAUUAGUGUGUGUGGACUCUGCAAGAUGCAGUCCAAAUAAAUGAUACACGCAUUAUAAAUGAUUUUAUCAAAGAGGCUUUAAUAUAAAUCUGUGCUCCAAUGCUGCACAUGGGUUGUAUGUUGGAUGGUGGUUUACUUUAGCAAAAGUAUAAACUUACAUAAAGUAAUGUCUCAAUUAAUCAAUUGGUGAGUUUGUUGUAUUGGUUUAUUUUUGGAGGUGGUUUAUAUAUCUCUAUCCACCUUUUCUAGCUUAUUCUGUCAGGGUCACAGUGGCGCCAGUGGGGUUGGUGCUUUCCUCUGGCAGUUUUGGUGUUCCAUAGUAUCCAGCACUCCUUGAGAGAUAUAACUAAAAUGCAGGGGGUAAAACUUUCCUGUUUGGUAAAGCAUUAGAUCAGAUAACAGCAUAGUUGUUUAUGUAAUGUAGGGAAGUACUAUACUUUUGAUUAAGCACUAUAAUUAUUUUAUCUUAUUGGAUUUUGCAUAUGUAAACUUUUCCACUCUGUACUAUCAAUUGCCUGUCAAUUUGCUAAUGACAAUAAAUCUUUUCACUGAGGGACAAAUAAAGAAGCAUUCUUUAGAAAAGUA